UGCUUCCUUGUGUUUGUGGUUACAGGGCUCCGAACGAGCCCGUGGAACAUCGGCUCCACAUGGCAGCAACCUGCUCUGAUGGCCUCAUCUGCCGGGCCAACGCUCUCCUAGGACAACGGAGCAAAAUGGGUAACGGCGAAAUUGGCCGUUGACUCUCCAUUUCGACACCGGCGAGAUUGGCCGUGGAGACGUUUCUCAUCACUGGACGGCCACUUUGGCCAUGGUGUGUCGCCUAUAUCAACGAGAGCAGUAUCCUGCCAUGGUCGAACGAACCCUCUCAUCUCAGCAACUGCUUGCCCCCUGUAUUUCACUCUCAACACCCUCCAUUCUACCCAAGAAAUUUACAUCAUGUCUGCGACAAAAACAAUUGCGCUCAUCUCUGGUGCCAACUCGGGCAUUGGUCUUGCUGCGGCUACCCUGCUUGCCAGGGACCAUGGAUACCAUGUCAUCGUGGGCUCGCGAAACGAAGAUGCCGGAAAAAGGGUCGCUGCUUCGCUGGUGGCGGAUGGGUAUUCAGCUUCCUCGGUUCAGCUUGACAUCUCCUCCGACGAGUCAAUUAUGGCGGCAGCUGGGUGGAUCGAGCACGAGUUUGGUGUGUUGGACGUCCUGAUAAACAAUGCUGGAAUCAUGCUGGACACCCGCCGCGAUGGUCGUUCAACCCGGGAACUCUUCACGGAGACCUUCAGCACCAACACCAUUGGAGCGGCCUGCUUGACCGAGGCCUGUCUGCCGCUGCUUCGCAAAUCCGAGUCGCCGCGCGUUCUGUUCGUCUCGUCGCGCAUGGGAUCGGUUUCCGAAACGACAAAUAAGUCGACAAUGUACUAUAACCUGGACUACAGGGCAUACGACUGCAGUAAAGCCGCCCUCAAUAUGUUGGCUUUGAACUAUGCAAGAAUCCUCGAUGAUGUUGGUGCCAUGGUGAAUGUGGUGUGUCCUGGACUGGUGAAAACCAAGCUCAUCGACGACCAUCCCUACGGAACGUCGCCUGAAUUGGGAGCGCAGCGUAUCGUCCAGUUGGCCACGGCGUCGAAGGGAGGUCCCACAGCAACUUUUACUGACAGAGAUGGUGUAAUUCCUUGGUAGUCAAAGGGCUCAAACUCAGAGUAUUGGAGCAACAGUUUCUCAUCAUGUCGCUCUUUUCAUACCAUACCUCCAACCAGAUUCAAUAGAGAACCAAGUUUAUCAGCUCCUGCAUUCCAUUCGUCCAACUUCUUGGCGCUGUGCAUUUCGUCAGUGGACUUCUGGGCAUCAAUGAGAUCUCCUAGUGUUGCCAAUCCGCUCAUUUGGCGAGUGCGCAUCGCGUCACAUUCCAGUGCCCAUGUAGUUUCCGUGUUUGCCUCCCAGACAGAUUUUGGGCUGGGGAU